UACAAUGAAGAAACAGAGAAGGAAGCUAAAGAAGCAGCUAAAACAGCUAUGUUGGAAGCACUGGAAGCAAAAUGGCAGAUUUUGCGACAAGGAAAACAGGAUUGGGCGAAGUCAUCAUGGUUUUCAUACGGUACUUCCAUGGCAACUAAUAUCUUAGAAAAUAUACAGUUGAAUGUUAAAAACGUCCAUGUUCGAUAUGAGGAUAAGAGAUUAAACCCUGAGACACCAUUCGCGUUUGGUAUUGUUAUUGAUAAUCUGAGUGCACAGUCUACAGAUCACAACUGGGAAGCCAUGCAGAAGAACAUGUCUAAGGAUCAUCAUGAUUAUAUUUUAAAACCAAUCAGUGCCUCAGCGAGAGUGAAACGUUACACGUCUGCCCUGCCAUUACGUUCCUCCUCCAUUCCUAGGAUAUCAGUCGAUUUCAUCCUAGAAGCCAUCCAUUUUACUCUCAGUCAGGACCAGUUUAAAUUCCUCGGAUUGUGGAAUCGGGAAUUCGAACGACAUAAUCGACGACGGAAAUAUCGUAAAAACAGACCAGAUUGUACGGUUAAACAAAGCUGUAAGAAAUGGUGGAGGUUUGCUAUUGGAUGUUAUUUAAAUGAGAUCAGUGAGAACAAUCAACGAAGAACAUGGAAAUUUAUUCUGUAUAGAAGUCGUAUGCUGGUAGAUUAUUAUGAUUGUUAUUUAUCUCAUCUGCUAGAAGGAGGAACCAAUCACGAUAACGAGUAUCAUAAAACUAAGAUAGAAAAGGAGUUGGAUUAUGAAGAAUUAAAAAUAGUACGAGAAUUAGUUUUAUCAAAAUUACAAUCAGAAAACAGACUUACUAGUGUACAGUCUUUUAGUUCAACAUCAUCGAAGAAAUCUUCUGAGACAGAAGUGAGUAAAGUGACAAGUAAGUCGUCUGAAUCUCAACCUGGUUUGUUUCAAAGUUGGUUUCCAGGAUGGGGUGGAUGGUACCAGACAUCAUCACCCCAGCAACCAGCAGACAUCAGCCAAUCACAGACUGACACAUCAUCGUCACCUCCGCCAGAAAAAACAACUGCAGCCGAACAACUGCCAACAGAAAUUGAGAGAGAAAUAAUGGACGUCAUCCAAGAUUCCACUGAAAAUAGUUCCUUCUUGCGUAAGGAUACAAUAUUUGCCAGGAUGAAAUUCACGUUAAAUAAAGGAUCAUUCUGUUUGCUGGAAAAUAAUAAAAGUCAAAUUGACAAGAAGAAGUCUGUGGCUGAUUUGCAAUGUUCCACAAUCACAAUGGAAUUUGAAUCCAGACCUCGUACCAGUGCCAUGAAAUUCUCCCUGGCAGUACAAGGUCUUCAGUUACAGGAUUCCUAUAACAAUUUCAAGUCAUUUCCAUAUCUUAUUAUACCCCAGACACAGGCAUCAUUCCCUCGGUCUCCACCACACGUCAUCUCCCAGAAAUCAGACCUCCCAGAUCCAGGUGGUACCACACAAUCAGAAGAUCCUCCAUUCUGUCAGCUUGUCUUUGAGAAAAAUCCUGUUACACAUUUCCAUAGAUAUAGGAUCUCAGUGAGAACUAGAGCUAUUGAUAUUAUUUAUAAUCCGUCACUACUCAAUAAAAUUAAGGAGUUCUUCACCUUGCCAUCUUCUGGUAUCUAUAAACGUUCUGAAGGAACAAAAAGUAAAUUGAGAGAAUUAAAGAAACAGACCCAAGAUGAACUUCAGAAAACUUUAACCCAAUUUCUAGAGUCCAAUCAGGGGAAAAGUAAAGCAAGAUGGGAUGUGAAUUUUGACAUCUCGGCCCCGAAGUUUAUAAUACCAGAAAAUUUGUCAGAUCCAAACAGUGUUAUGGUCGUGUUAGAUCUGGGGAAUUUCAAAUUACGAACUUUUUUAUCUCAACCAAUCAAAACUCCGACUUCACCACGACUAGACGAGGAUGUGAACGAGGAUGAUUUCCAUACGCCGCUGUCUACUCCUCCUAAUGAACCAGAAGAUAUUGAUGGACGUUCUGUUUCUAGUACAACUCUACCAAGUAUCAGUCCUACCACCAGCUUCUCUUCCGAUUCACUACAUGAUCAUUUUUACGAGAGAUAUAUUGUAGAUCUAACUGAUCUUCAAGUUUUACAAGGUCACAGUGAUAACAGCUGGAGAUACGCCUAUUCUAAAGGAACCAGUUCCAUGCACGUUAUUGAUAAAUUUACUAUUUCACUACAGUUGGAAAGAGCUACGGAGGAGAGAUGGGGGAAAAGUGAAGAUACUUUGGUUGAUUCUAAGUUGAUCAUGUUACGAUUUUUUAUCAAUAAAUUAUCAUUGGAGAUGCAGAGUCGAGGUCGAGCGUUAGUAGAGCUACAAGUUACCGGAGUCGAGGCGAACCUUUCUCAUAAAAAACUAAAUACCUCCCUAGCCUUAACAGUUCACAGUUUAUUAAUUGUGGACGCACUACAGAGUUAUGGUCCUGAUUUUGAGCUGUUAGUAGCCUCUCAUAAAAAUCUGGUGUUAGACAGUCAGAGUGGUUGUAUCAGAGGCUCGAACCCUGUAUCACCAAGUUCCCCACAGUCACCUCACUCCCCUUGUGACAACCAGUCAGCACACAGUUUUCACGCCAUACAAGAUGUUUUAACUCAAGCGUUUAAUAAAGUUUCUACCACCCCGAGAUUACCAAUCCAUCGUGAACCGUCAGAUAGUAAUAUAUUACUAGUAGAUAAAAACAGUAAAUCCGAAGCUCUGAUAUCGUUAGAAUUCGAGGUGAUCAAAUCAGAACGUCCAGAUAGUUCUCUUCAAACUGACAUGCAGAUUUUAAAUUUACAGUUUAAUAGCCUGGAUCUCAUUGCCAAUCAAGAAACUUUGGUAGAAUUGAUAAGUUUUGUAAAAAGAUCAACUCAACCUGCUACACGACAUCCAUCAAACACCAGACCUAGUUUACACCGACAGGAAACGUCUAGUAAAAUGGACAAUAAUGAGCAGAAAAAGGUACAGGGUCACCAUCUGUUUGACCAAUCAUACCUUAGUCUCAGAUACAGAAAUUUUUUAGCUAAGCCAGAGAGUAACCUACAUGUUAACGCUGAUUUCUCCCGUCUGAAUAUUCUUCUUCCCAGAUUCCUCGAGGAAAAUGGACUCAAAGUUGGUCAUAAAAUAGCCACGGCUACAAUGUCUACAGCUAAAGUGGAGGCUGUUUUUGGUGAUGAGUGGCAGAUACAAGGAGCAUUAGGAGGUUUACAUUUAUCCGAUGUUACCACGGACGGGUCUCGUUUUCGUCAAGUCUUUAGUAUUGGAGAUUUCAACCCCUCAUCAGUAGCAAAUGGAAUGUUCCGUACAGCAACAGACGACAAAAUAUUCAGUCCAGAGACAAUUUCACCAAAAAACGCGUGUUCAUUUACAAUUACUAAAUCGGUGAAAAAACAACCACAUUUAAAUGAAGCAGGAAACAAAACUACAGACAUCAUUUGUGCAAAAUUUGAAAUGGCGUCCGUUUGUUACACUCAUUGUCCCAAAUUUUUGGACCGUCUGGCCAAUUGUUUGUCUGCUUUUCACGACUAUAUGACUGUCGUGGCCAAUUCUUUAAAAUAUGCGGCUAAAGAAGUGGCGUAUGGUUUAGUUGGAGGUAGGGGAGAUAAUCUAGACAUGACCGGUACUAGUUUUACGCGUAGGGAUAUCUCUCUGUCAGAAAUGACAGGAAUUCUGUUAGAAGAAGGAGAAGGUCUGGUUGCCGAGGAACAAAAUAUGUCUGUGAUAAAAAUCGUGGCAAAAAUGGAAACACCGAUUAUAGUUGUUCCACGAGCCCCGAACAGUUCGCAUGUGUUUCUGGCACACCUUGGACAAGUGAAUAUCACAAACUAUCCUGAAGAUCCUGACUGUUGCCUUAGUUACGAAGAUUUGACGGCACCGACAGAUAAAAUCCAUGUUUCGUUGAUGAAUAUGAACUGUUAUUCUGCUGAUUUGGAAAAACUGGGAAUUCUAAAACCGUUGGGAACACAUUUAUCACAGGAGAUCAGUGAAAGGUCUUUUUAUUCCUUAUUAUCACAAGAACGUGGAAUCCCGAUCAUUUACGACACCGCCGUGGACCUCAUUGUCACUCAGGAAAGUGCAGAAGUCAACUACAUCAACCCAAAAGUUGAAGGAGAUGCUGACAUCACCGUAAAUCUGAAUGAUAGUGUUUCCAUGGCAACAACUAACAGUAUUAUUGACAUUAGCGCUAAAAUCAAAUCACCAAUUAAAGUUGUACUGUGUAAAGAGGUUUAUGAACAAUUUCUACAAACUCUGGAUAAUCUGGCCUAUACUGAGGAGGUAGUCAAAACUUCCAGUAACACCAAUCAAGGUUGUCCUUCAACGUCUGAGUCUGAGGCUUCAAUGACGAGUCCGUUGUUAUCCCAGAGUUCAUCAGAAACAGAACAGAAACAAGUGGAGAAAUAUGUAGCGAAACAUUUCCGAUUUGAGGUGCCGUUAUUCGAGGCAGAGUUACGUGGAGAUUUUGGUGACGGGGAACAAGGUGUGGCCAAUUUAAAACUUCACGAUUUUUCUCUCAAGUUUAAAAAAGAUAACGAUCACCUGACUAAUAUUGAGUUCCGACUGAGGUCCUUAACAAUGGAGGAUUUAUUGGAAAAUGAAGAUUCUUUAUAUCGACAUAUCAUGGUGUCUAGAAACUCGUCCAGAACAUUCGAAUCAAAACAAACAUUUUUAUCCACUUCCUGUCCCGAUAGCACCAUAGUUACACCAAUACCCACAAUGCCUUCUUCGUUGCCAAGUAGUUUUAAAGAUGAUCCAGGACUUGGUGCUUUCAAGCCGUCUGCAACUAAACCAUCAAAUCAGUCCAGGAUUCCUUAUGGACGUUCUCAAAGCGCUAAAGCGUCAAUCUACCCAUGUACCCCACCCCCCUCGCCCCUGGGUACAGACACACCCCAGCAGACGUCUAUAGAAUCUGAUGAUUUAGUGUAUAUAGAUUUUAUACUGGUUGAUAAAAACUCACCUCAGUACAUAGAGAAAUAUAACAAGACCAACCGUUUUAUUGAUAUCAAAUUUCGAUGUUUAGAAACAACAAUCAAUCUACAGACGUGGGUGGUAUUAUUAGAUUUUCUCGGUCUGGGAGCCAAAAUAUCAGAUAUAUCUUCUGAAGAUCAACUGUUAGAUUCUCUCAUCACCAAAACAGUAACAGAAGCUGAACCAGUUAAUUCUAAGAUUAAUUUUAGCGUGGAAAGUUUUACACUGGUGUUAAAUAAGAAGGAUUACGAGCUAGCCAGGGCCAAUAUCACUUAUCUUAAUACUAAUAUAGAACAACGGAAUGGUAAUCUCGGGGCUCAAGGUGAACUAGGUAGUCUUUCGUUGUUAGAUAAUUCACCAAGUGGAGAGUUAUACCAGGAGAAAUUUAUAUCAGUGGGAAAACAAGCUCUACAGUUUGAUUUCUUCAAACAUGGUGUACCAGAUUAUAAUCUACAGAGAGAGUAUGAUGUGUAUUUAACAUUAAACAUGGCGUCAGUAAGAUAUACUCAUACUAACAGAUUCUCAACUGAAAUACUAGCCUUCUGUCAACAUUUCCUACAACUACAGGACGUACUGGGUAGAAUGAGAGCCGCCUCCGCUGGUAAACUAAUAACUGAUAAAGCAAUGAGAGGAGCUAGAAUAAAACUAGAAAUUGAUGCUGGAUCUCCAAUCUUAUUGAUACCUCAAAGCUCUAAAACAGACAGUAUCCUGGUGGCUGAUCUCGGUAAAUUACGAUUAACUAAUUGUUUUAAACACGACAGUACGCCAGGCACAAUUACCUUCCUCAGACGAAUAGAAGAAGAACAUAAAAUGGCUGAAUUAUUAGCGAAAGUGGCGACAUCAACUCCGAAAAAGAAAGAAGAUCCAGUUGUUAAUGAAAUGAAUGAGUCGAUGUAUUCCCAGUAUCUUCCUAAACCAGAGAUAGAUCCCAUGUCAGCCAGUAUUAUUGGUAGUUUAGAUAGAGAUGCUCGGGAAGAUGAAGAAUAUUUUGAGGUUAGUAAAGAUCAGUCAUCAAUGGCAUUUCUAUUGGAUAAGGAGAGUCUACCAAUAGGAACGAGUAUUGACCCAUUAACUCCACCCCCUGGUUCUACCAACCAAUCACCAAGCUCGCCACUACCAGGUGUAUUUACUGACACUCCAGACUCUCAGUAUCAAUGUUUACUAGACAUAAUGAAAAUCACACUGACUGACAUGGAUCUAUACACAGCAAAACGAGUUAAUAAAAAAUAUUACAAAGAGAAAGAAUCGACACGAGUUUUAGAGUUUCCCUCCUGUAUUGUACAAGAAGAGAAUGGUCGUCUGCUAGAAGAGACGUGUAUACUAGAAUUAGAUGUAGAACGUAAUUUAGAGGGAGAUAUCAGUCAUACGGCCCCCGAUUGGAGAGUAGCCGGUAAAUUAUCAUCCGUUGUAUGUCACCUUGACCUUCAGCAAUAUAAACUAGUUCGUGGCAUCUUGGAUCAUAAUCUAGGGGAGAAAAUCGAAGAGUUUGAACGACCACUGAUGUCUCAUCUUAAAGAUCCCAGCAUUCAGACUAUCUUAUCAGGAGAGGUGUAUAAUUGUAUUAAUAUGGUGUUUGAUUUACGGAAUGUAACAGUCGAGUUGCUGCAAUCACAUCACCUCAGUGUGGAAUCACCUGAAGUUUCCCUAGCCAAACUAGAUUUUAUCCAAUCACAACUGACCUACACCAGUUCUUCCAACCAAUCAAAAGAUAUCAGUUUAUGGUCACAUGCUAUAGUCGUCUCAGACACCAGAUAUAAAAAAGAACCAAUGAACUCCAGGCCGAAUGUUUUUGUGAAUAUUUUACAACCGAAAGGUGAAUCUGAUAAAACUGAGUUACAAUUAGAAUUAAACUUUCGUUCUACGAAGGAAUCAACUCAGUUUACUGUGCUCUUAAAUAAGAUGAAGAUUAUGUGUAUAUUUGAUUGGUUGGUUUGUGUCCAGGAAUUUUUAAUGACCAGUCCAGAUAAUCCCUUUGUUUCAGUUAACCUCAGUUAUAAUUUAACCUCAGUUAUAAUGUUUAAACCUCAAGCUAGUGAUAAAUUAACCUCAGUUAUAAUGUAUAAACCUCAAGCUAGUGAUAAAUUAACCUCAGUUAUAAUGUAUAAACCUCAAGCUAGUGAUAAAGUAUUAACAUGUGAUAUUUCUACCGUCGAGGUGUUUUCCUGCUGUUUGAUGGCGCAGGAUGAAACGGCUCAGUCUAUCGUCGACCCACUGGCGAUAUCAGUUGACCUGAACGCAAACCCUCCGUUAAACCUACGGCCAUCUUUAUCAGAGGGGUUACUGGAUGUCACUAGAGUUAUGCAACGUAGACUUGUUUUACAAAUCAAUUUUGGUAUUUUAAAUAUUCGAGUUUCCUAUCAGGAUAUGAUGCUGUUUAAAUCUAUCAUGAAUUCUCUACCACAGCAAGCUCUACAGGCUAAACAAUCUUCUAGUUGUACUAAAAUAGAUGUCCAUUCUUCUAACAGUGAUGUACAACACUUGAUGUCUAUUGGCUUUGACAAGAACGAUUGUUUUUAUGCCUUACAAUAUUGUCAUGGUAACGUAGACGAGGCCGCAAUGUGGUUAACCAAACACGCCAAAAUCAUCUCCAAGAAAGAGAAAAAUUCUGACUUUGCCUUAACUGGUGUAGAGAUUAAAGCUACUAGUGUAUAUUUCUGUCUUAUUGAUGACUGCGGGGCUGACGUUCCAUUGGCUGAAAUUUCCAUUAAUGUGUUAUCAGUGUUAUCAUUGUUAUCAGUGUUAUCAGUGUUAUCAGUGUUAUCAUUGUUAUCAUUGUUAUCAUUGUUAUCAGUGUUAUCAUUGUUAUCAGUGUUAUCAUUGUUAUCAUUGUUAUCAGUGUUAUCAUUGUUAUCAGUGUUAUCAUUGUUAUCAGUGUUAUCAGUGUUAUCAGUGUUAUCAGUGUUAUCAUUGUUAUCAUUGUUAUCAGUGUUAUCAGUGUUAUCAGUGUUAUCAUUGUUAUCAGUGUUAUCAGUGUUAUCAUUGUUAUCAGUGUUAUCAGUGUUAUCAGUGUUAUCAUUGUUAUCAGUGUUAUCAGUGUUAUCAGUGUUAUCAUUGUUAUCAUUGUUAUCAUUGUUAUCAGUGUUAUCAGUGUUAUCAUUGUUAUCAGUGUUAUCAGUGUUAUCAGUGUUAUCAGUGUUAUCAGUGUUAUCAGUGUUAUCAGUGUUGGUGUUUAAUCUAGUCAGAAUAGAUAUCAGUCAAAACCAGGAGCCCAAUAUUGAAGGUAAAGCCAAGUUACAUAUUAUAGGUUCCUAUUAUAACAGGAACUUAUCAGGAUGGGAGCCAUUCUUAGAACCCUGGCCAUGUUAUAUUGAAUGGAAAUCAUACACAGAACCGAAAGAAAAACUGGCAGUUCAAGUUUCAUCCCCUGAUGUAUUGAACCUGAAUAUUACCAGUACACUGUUAAAACAAUAUAACGAAACGAAGGGAACAUGGACAGAAGAUUAUACCAAACAAACCUGUGAGGAAAAUGAAAAUGGUGAAAACGGGGGUCAAGUACCGAAACGUCGUUCACCGUUUAUACCGUAUAAAUUGAUCAAUAAGACAGGUUGUAAAAUACAGUUUACUACAGCUACUACCACCCCUACUAGUAGCCAGAAUGAAUCCCGACAAUUAGAUGACAGAAACAUUAGAGCUGAGAACUGGAACAAUGUUUUACCCGACCAGGAAGUUCCGUUUAAAUUUACUCGGAAAGAAAAGGCCAGACAUAAGAAAACUCAUGAAAUGUAUCACAACCAGCUGUUAAUAAAAAUCGACGGCUGGCAGAAACCAUCAGCUGUUUGUGUUGAUAAAGUAGGAAUUUAUUUCCGUCAUGCAGACGUCUCGAAAAGAUACUUAUCUCAGGCUGAUAUAACUAAAGAUUUUGAAGUUGGGAUUCAUCUGGAGAAUUUUGAGUCAUGUAGAGAAGUGAACAUACCACCCAAACUAUCUUAUAAAUAUCGUGUAAGAUUACGUCUCUAUGAUAAAUUAGAGAGACUAUUAGAAUUAACUAUGAGGAUACAGUCUGGACCUGGUGGAACUAUAGGGGAUAUCCAAGGUUCUUAUCUUCUAACAUUGUUUCUAGGAUAUCCUAGGUUCUUAUCUUCUAACAUUGAUUCUAGGAUAUCAAUCUGUGUGCGAUUGGGUAAAAAACACCACGGUGAUGAUUCUCUUCCACAAUGGUCUCAGAAACUGUCUUUAGAAAAUGGAGUAGGAACACGGCAACUACACGUGGUACCACGUCAGAUGAACCGCCCUGAUUGGUUAGUAGAUCUCCAGACUCAGGCGCGUCUCAGGUUGCUAUUAGAAAUACCCAAUACAAUUCAGGUGUAUAAUAUUGGAUAUCAGCUGACAAAAGGAAAAGGAAAGUUUCGUGAUACACAAGUUAUUUCUAUCGCUCCUAGAUACGAGGUGGACAACCAAUCAAAUUAUAAACUGGCUAUAGCACAACGACAUCUUAUCUCCUCCCAGAACAUUGACAGUGCCUUUUUAACAGCUUUACCGAAAUGUAAAUUACCGUAUCACUGGCCGAGGAUGGAUCUGGAUCAAUUAUUAUGUGUCCGGAUUAUGGAUCAUCCAUGUUGUUAUUGGUCUGGUGGAUUCUGUGUGGAUAAAAGUAAAUCAUUCCAUUUAAAUAUGAGGGAUGGUGAUGGUAAAUGUAUGUUAUUGAAAGUGGAGAUAAUUUGUCAAGGACCUACGUUUAUAAUUGUGCUGGUAGACGCUGACACCAUGCCACCUCCCUUCAGACUGGAUAACCAUUCUCCUAUUGCAGUCAAAUUUUACCAGAGUCAAGUUUCAGACCCACGGCUUCAGUCAGUUCUACAUCCCAAUACCUCAAAUUACAGUCAGUUUUACAUCCCAAUACCUCAAGUAAGUAUUAACACCAUCCUAGAUUACAGCCAGUUCUACAUCCCAAUACCUCAAUCAGUUUUACAUCCUAAUACCUCAAGUAAGUAUAUACACCAUCCUAGAUUACAGUCAGUUCUACAUCCCAAUACCUCAAGUAAGUAUAUACACCAUCCUAGAUUACAGUCAGUUUUACAUCCUAAUACCUCAAGUAAGUAUAUACACCAUCCUAGAUUACAGUCAGUUUUACAUCCUAAUACCUCAA